AUGAAGCUUUUAUCAGUGAUUGCCGGGACGUCGUUGGCACAGGUCGCCCCUGAAUGUAUAAAAUGCUCCGAAGCAAACGUCCUUUUCUUCGCCGGUAAAGCCGAAUCUGGCGAUUACUACGACCCAAAAGGAUACGAGCGCUUCCGGGAUUUCAUGCUCAAUGAGUACGAGUUUGGCAAUUUCACUGAAAACCUCGUGGCGAUCAAUGGCGAUUUCGCGUUCAACGAGAACUCGCAUGUGGCGGACAUUCGAUCGAUUGUCAACGGAGCUUUUAGCGAGUUGAACGCGCAGGAAGGAUCUAAUGGCGAUUUAAACUUUUUAAUGUGCCACGCUGAGCUUUGCGAUCACAUCUUCGACUACAUCAGGAUGAGCGCCUUCACCCCAAUUUCUGGGCUCAUCACAAUGGGUUGGGCUCCCACUUCUGAGCGAUGGGCUUCAACUUCUAUUCCAAUUUUCUCUUUGCUUGGCGAAUAUGACGGAGUGAAUACCUUCACCCGCUUCGUUCCGAAACUUUUCCUCGAGGAAUUACCGCGAAAUCACUACCUAGAUCUCAUCGCAUUCGGAAACUUUAGAAAAUUUGCAAAUGCGCUGGAGCCAUUUGAAUUCAUCGGCGACUCGGAUCUUGAGACUAAAUAUAGGCCGUAUCAAAUUUUCCGGAGAAUAACGAUCAAUCUGGGACAUUUCAUUGACAACGAUAGACUAAAUAUGGCGUUGUCUACUGAUUCUGCUUUGGAAUCGCUCCGAGCGUCGCAUUUAUUGCUUGAAAUGGACCACGAGGAAGGAAAUCCGUUGGCAGCUGAAAUCCAAGCAGAAAUAUCAACCAUGGAAGUUGAUCAUAAAUUUGUUGAUGACAUCGACAGCGUUGAGCCCUACGUCAGCGACAACACUGCUUAUAUCUUCACAGAGCUUGUCGAGAACAAGAUCUUAUAUGAUGACGAAGAAUCGUUCAGCUUCAGUACUUUCGAGAUUCCUUUCGAACAUGCUCUUAAAAUUAUUGACGCUAGUGGACAAGUAACGUGCGCCGAUUUACAAAAGCAACUCCUCCACGAUGUUCUUGGCAAGCUCGCGCCGCAGCAGAUCCAGUUUUACAUGAUGAAUUCUUGCGAAAUCAUUCCUCGUGAAGCAGACAGCUCAAAUGGUAAUCUAGGGAAGGACCGAGUGCAGAUGUUCCCAAAAGAUGGAGUCGCGAAUUUAGUCACAGUUGAAUCACGAGAAGGAGACGUUCUUGGCUGAAGCUUAUCUGGAAGCACUCAUGACCCUCGAAAAAAUAUUGCUCCAAGCUACAGCUUCGGAGUCCGACACAAAGAAUACACCAACAAUCAUUCUCCAGGACCGAAAUUCAACAUUGAAUCCUCUCUGACAAGACAUGGGCGAAACGGUGCUCCACAGUACUCAAUCUACUCACGAUCAAAAUCGGCAACUGCAUUCAAUACGCCAGGGCCGGGAACCUACAAAAAUGAAGACGCGCGGGCUGCUUACAAAGCCGCUCCAGCUUAUUCCCUCAGCGGUCGAGCUAAAUCUGGAUAUGCCAACAAAACUCCAGGACCCGCGGCAUACAUGCUCCCUCGUGCAAACAUCAGCAAAAAAGGAACUCCUGCUUAUUCGAUGAGACUCAAGCCAACAACUGGAUCAUUUACUGAAGAUCUGGCAAAGACGCCCGGACCAGGCACUUACAAAGUGACUGAUCCAUCGACAUACAAAAAGAAGAUGCCUCAGUACUCAAUGACCGCGCGAAAUGAGUUGCCUUCUGAUAGUACGCGAAAACCGGGCCCGGGUGCGCACAGACCCGAACAGGUGAUUGUGAACAAGAAAAUCCCACCAAAGUACACCUUCGGUGUCAAACACUCGGAAUACGCUGGCACCUUCGUCGGAGCCGAAAAAGAAUGA